CAUGGCGGACACUCGGCAGGGAGUGUGAGGGACUUUACCAAAGCUUUAAUUUCUGACAGCUUCUCGCCAUGUAUAUGUUUUAAAAGCCUAAAUCUACCCCUUAGUUAGCGACUAACAUGAGGUUAGCUGCUGAGGAUGUGGUAGCAUUUUAGAAGAAUGUGUUAACUGUAUUAUGCCGCGUUUAAAAUGUACAGUUCUACAGCGGAAAACGGUCUGAUGUGCUCGGAGGAAUGUUCUGGCAGCGGCAGCAACCUGUUGGUUCACCUCAACCUCAGGGCUGACCGGAGCCAGCCGGGGGCGGAGAGCAGCGUUAGCGUGCUAAGUUUGGAGAGUGAAGAGGACGAAGACGUCCAGUUUGAUACUUCAGAUUCGGAGGGCAACCGUGAGCUGCUGAUGGCCAGCAGGCAUUACCCGUCCAUCCAAGAGUUUGCCUCGGCCAUCCCCAACCACCUUCUCCUCGGGUCGCUGCUCGAGCACCUGUGCUGCGUCUACGAGAGCAAUCCGGCACGUUCGCGUAUGCUGUUCAAAGUAAUUGGCCAGCGUUUGGCAGCCAUGAACCUGCUCUCACCUUUGGCCAUAAGUGAUGAAUUCAGCACCAUUAGACUCCAGCACAACCGGGCUUUCACUGAGCUACUCAAUGCUGCCAGUUCCACGCUCUAUCCACAGGGCCAACAGUGUCUCGGCACAAAUGCACACAAUCCGGCUGCAAGGCCCAAGGAGGGACUCUUUCAAGCACAGACGUCGCGAUAUCUCAGUGAGUUUGAAGAAGUCUGUCGGCUUGGAAAAGGAUCAUACGGAAAUGUUUUUAAGGUUGUGAACAAACUAGAUGGCCAGUACUAUGCUGUGAAGAAAAUUCUCAUCAAAAGAGUCUCAAAGGAGGACUGCAUGAAGGUCCUCAGGGAAGUCAAAGUGUUAUCCAGCCUGCAGCAUGUAAAUAUUGUAGGAUAUCACACUGCAUGGAUGGAACAUGUUCAGCCAGCGGCCCAUCCCGAGUCGCAGCUUCCUGCUCUGGAAUCCCCUGGACAAAAAGUCGGUUUUGAUGACAGCCUUGACAAUAGCAGCACCAGCUCUUCUAUAGUUUUCCAAAGCCGCAGCCAAGCAGGGGCAGGCGCUGCGUCGAGUGCAAAAGGAGCCCCAGCAGAGCCCCAGCCUGUGAGGACUUUAGUGUCAAGACAAGACCGCCAGAUAGUGUGUCCCAAGGCGGUUCAGCGCGUCCCCGAGAACUACGUCCCCUGUGUGUUCCUGGGACAGGGAGAGCACAGGAACAGCUCCAAGUGUCCCGCCAUGGGAUGGGACCGCUCGCCCAUGUUAGACGAGGAGUCCAGCAGGAGCAGCAUCGAGCUCAACAACAACUCUUGCCUUGAUCAACAGUGGGCUGAACUACGCACCAGAAGACCCUCUAAAGACGUUCAGUUCCACCUGAUGCUCUACAUCCAGAUGCAGUUGUGUGAGCGCUCACUGAAGGACUGGAUCUCUGAGAGGAACUCCAGGCCAAAAGAAGAACAGAUCUCAGGCUCCCCUUAUGAUUGCGUUGAUGCUGAACACACGCUGAACUUGCUCAGGAACAUUCUCCAAGGGGUGGAGUACAUUCACUCCAGAGGAAUCAUGCACAGAGACUUGAAGCCGAGGAAUAUAUUCCUUCAUGGUCAUGAGUGCCAUGUUCGAAUUGGAGACUUUGGGUUGGCAUGUAGGGACAUGAUAGUAGAUGGCCAUAAAAGAACAAUUUCUCCUGGUGGUGAGUCCACCCAUACAUCAGGAGUUGGCACAUUUGUUUACGCUGCGCCAGAACAACUGAAUGGCUCUCAUUAUGACUCAAAGUCCGACAUGUACAGCAUUGGGGUUCUGGCUCUUGAGCUGUUCCAGCCUUUUGGGACCGAGAUGGAGAGGGUCCGAACCCUCGGGGACCUGAGAGAAGGGAAAAUUCCAGAUUCCUUCCGCCACAGAUGGCCAGUUCUCACUAAAUACAUCAUAAAACUGACAAGUAAAGACCCCAGUCUUCGGCCAGCAGCCAGCCAGCUCCUAGGAAGUGACCUUUUCUCCAAUAAAGACAUGGUAAUUGUUGGCUUACAGAAAAGAGUCGUAGAGCAGGAGGAGGAGAUAGUGCAGCUGAGGAUGCAGAUCAGCCGGCUUCAGAACGCAAAAGUCACUGUUAGCUUCACUGAAUCGGACAAGACCUGAGCCUAAAAAAACCCAACAGAUUGUCCAAAGCUGCUUUUUUUGAGCCACCGUUUUACUUGAUUUGACUUGGUACAAGUGACUGCAUGUUUGAGUAAUGUAAUUGUCUUUUUCAUCUAGAUAUGAUAGUGUUUUUUUUUUUUUGUUUUUGUUUUGUUGUUUUUUUACAUUGUUUUUAUCCAGCUGCUAAAUAAAACCUAUUUGGAGGUUUGAA